ACACAAAAACGUGUCAAGACAACAUGGCAGCGUACGAGGAGUUACAUGUGGCUCUUGUGUAGAUUACGCAUUUUUGUACUAUAAUUUAGACUCUGGGAAUCAUCACGAUUGGAUUAACGAUUGAGGAUUAACAGUUUAUAUACCUAAUAACCACAACAAGAAUUUGCCAAAAUGCAGCACGACGAUGUCAUAUGGGACAUCAUUGGAAAUAAACAGUUCUGUUCAUAUAAAGUAAAGACCAAGACGCAAAGUUUCUGCCGCAACGAAUACAACAUAACAGGCAUUUGCAAUCGAGCGUCUUGUCCCCUGGCCAACAGUCAAUAUGCCACGAUACGGGAAGAGAAAGGUCAGUGUUUCCUGUACAUGAAGGUGAUCGAAAGGGCAGCUUUUCCAGCACGUAUGUGGGAAAAGGUGAAGUUGAGUAAAAACUAUGAGAAAGCCCUGGAACAGAUAGAUGAGAACCUCAUCUACUGGCCCAGAUUCGUCAGACACAAAUGCAAACAACGAUUCACAAAAAUCACACAGUACCUCAUCCGGAUUCGCAAGCUCACGCUAAAGAGACAGAGGAAAUUGGUACCCCUGAGUAGAAAGGUAGAGAAGAGAGAGAAAAGAAAAGAGGAAAAAGCUCUUAUUGCUGCACAACUCGACAAUGCAAUUGAGAAAGAGCUGUUGGAAAGACUGAAGCAGGGAACAUAUGGAGACAUUUAUAACUUCCCCAUCCACGCAUUUGACAAAGCACUGGAGAAACAAGAUGAGGAGAGUGAAUCAGAGGAAGAGGAGGGUGAAGAAGAAGAGGAGGAAGAUGAUGAGGAUGUUGGACAGAAGGAGUUUGUUGCAGAAGACGAGAUCGAGGAGAGUGAUCUUAGUGACUUUGAGGACAUGAACAACCUAAAAGGAAGCAGUGAUGAAGAUGAGGAGGAUGACGAGGAAGAGGAUGAUGAUGAGGAUGAAGAAUCCAGUGAAGAGGAGAUGGACACGGAUACAAAACGCAAGGUCGUUUCGAAAGGAAAAGCUCCACUCAAAGGACCACAGCGAAAGAAGCGUGCUUAUGUGGAGAUUGAAUAUGAACAAGAGACUGCAUCUGCUGCAAAGCAGAAAACCACAUAGAUACUCCACACAUGAACUCCUUUUUACUGUGCGUAUGGGAUGGACAUUUAUCAAAUUCUCAGUGACUUCAAACAGCAACUAUAUAUCCCCAUGGAUCUGUCUGGUUUUGAAGCUGUACAGUGUUCUGUGUUAUCACACAAGACAUUCUUGGGGGGGCAAAAAUCAAGCCAAUCACAGAGAACCCUUGUUGUAUUAAGUAAACUAUUUUAAUGUCUGAA